AUGAUCAUCCCCGAGGCCAACACGGCGCUGAGUGCCAGCAUGCAGGUCGCGAGAGCUCUGCCACCUCAUCUCCUCCCCAAAGCGGACGCCGUAUUCGCCAUGGAGGCCGAGUUCCCCUCGCGCAUCGUCCUCGACCUCUACACCAACGACAUCGGCACCUUCUCCGUCUGGGGCCGCAAGAACUACACCGACAUCACCAUCACCCAGACAACCGCCGCCGCCGGUGAGGACAGCACCGCCAACGACAACGCCGGCGAGCCCUCGUCCGCCAUGUGCGGCGAGAACGAGCUCGUCUGCGACAAGAGCCACCAGGCCAUGGCUAGCAUCUGCUACCGCCUCAUCAAGGUCCUCAAGACGGACAAGGCCAACGAUAUGAUCCGCGGCACCCCGCAGGAUUACUGCCUCGAGAUCGAGACGGCGCGGUGCUGCGUCAGCUGGACCGCCUUCAUUGACAAGCCGACGCCCGUUGCGGAGCUCGUCCCCGCCGCGGAGAUUGUGUACGAUAAUUGCCGUGACAUCAUGCGCAGCUACGUCUCUGGCAAGGUGUAUGGUGCUAUUGUGGGCAAUCACUGCAUGGACCAGUGCCUUUCUGAACGACCGGAUGGUUGUUGA